CAUUUCUUCUACACCCUUCUCCACAGCCUCCUCUACCUCUCGGGCUGGACUGCGGUGCACUGACGUCGGCUCGCCCUCCCCUGCCCCCUCGCCCCCCAGCAAUGGCCUCACGCAUCGGGCUGCGGAUGCAGCUGAUGCGGGACCAGCUGCAGCAAGAGGAGCAGCGUGAGCGGCAGCAGCAGCACCAGAAUGCAGUCCUGCAGCCGUACAUGCAGCAGCGCAUGGCCGGGCCACCUGCACCCACCCCUGCCAUUAGCGCCCCACAGCAAUACCAAAGCAUGCAGGUCCCCGUGGAGAUCCUUAAGGUAGAGACUCACCUUGAGAAUCCUACAGACUACCACAUCCGCCAGUCUCGGAGGCAACAGGUGAAAGAAUACCUGUCGACCACCUUCGCCACCAAACAGAUGGUCCAUGCAGUAGCCGGGCUGGUUCCACCCACUUCCCCCACAAAAAUGGGACCCGCAGGAGGUUCAGCAUCUGCCCCCCCUCCCCUCCAGUCCCCGCACAUGCGCACCGAGCAGCUCAUGACUGGCAACAGUGCACCCAACAGCCCCAUGGCCAUGCUCAACCUCAGCUCCAGCCACGAGAACGAGAUGGAUGAGGUAAUUGAUGACAUCAUCAGCAUGCAGUCCAGUUAUGAUGAUAUUCAAGCAUACACUGACCUUGUGCAGAUGCCCAACACACUCCCUCUGUCUAGCAGUCACCUUGAUGUGUAUACAGGUCCUGGGAUGAAGGGGCCGGCCAUUGCUACGACCAGUAACUCCUGUCCUGCCAACCUGACCAUCAAACGAGAACUGUCAGACACAGAAGCCCGUGCGCUGGCCAAGGAGAGACAGAAGAAAGACAACCACAAUCUCAUUGAGAGAAGGAGGAGAUUCAACAUCAAUGAUCGAAUCAAAGAGUUGGGCACCAUGAUCCCCAAAACCAACGACCUUGUGCAUAGUGAUGUGCGCUGGAACAAAGGCACUAUAUUGCGGGCAUCAGUCGAGUACAUCAAACGCAUGCAGAAAGAUGUGCAGAGGAGCAGGGAGGUGGAAAACAACUUCAAAAGAAUGGAGAUGGCCAACAAACAGCUGUUGCUACGCAUCCAGGAGUUGGAAAUGCAGGCUCAGAUGCACGGCCUGGCCAGCCCCUCUCCCUCUGCCCUGAACUUGACUGACAUCAUGGGCCCUUAUAUAAAACAAGAGAUCAGCCCAGAGGAGAAGCUUUCUCACCCUCAGUUACAAGUCCACCACCAGCCACAUCACCUACCCCAGAACCAGGCUCAGCCCCAGGCCCCCCAGCAACACUUCCUUCCACAAAACCACCUCCACCCUCAGGGCCAGGCUCAGCCACAGCCCAGGCAGCUGCCUCCGCUCCCUCAGCACCUCCAGCACCAGCACCAGCACCAGCAGCCCCUGCAGUACCCAACUGUGGGCAGCUCCCAGGCCUUUGACUACGCCCAGUCUUUGGACUUAUGUGAUGGUAUACCUGGCUUCUCAGACGGCAUGUCGGGGCUGGGCGAACUGGGUGGACUGGAAGGCCAUGGGAGAAGAGGGGAGUUGGGCUUCCUGAUGAUGGAUGAGCCCUUGUCCCCAAUGGGCGGAGACCCGCUGCUCUCAGCAAUGUCCCCCGAAGCCUCGGUGGACUCCAGCCGCAGGUCCAGCUUCAGCAUAGAGGACGGAGACAUACUGUAGACACGUGCGCACACACACACUUACACAGAGGUGUCACAUGGGGUGCAUCAGCGACGGUACGUCGAACGCAAAUGUAGACACAUGUACAGCACAUACGAUGGAAAGGAAAUCAGCCACCAGGCAUCACAUCAGAUAUUCACCCACCGCUGAGUCACAACACGCGUGCACACACACACACACACACACACUGGUGCCACUCAGUGGUACAGUACGGUGUUAAUGGUACAAACACAAAUAUGGUACACAGCUCUCUCAACAUCUGCACUAACAUACACGAGUACACGUGAGAUAACGUCAAACUCUGCCCAACAGGCUGAGCAUUUACACAGGGUGAAGCGACACUGCCUGGUCAGGAGUGUGUCGGUCUUGGCCGUGCUUCCGUGAAGGUGGCUCUGAAUCGUAAUUGGGCAAGGGACAAAAAACAACAACAUUUAAUUAGACUGAAGUUAUCAGAUACAAGGACAACCGAGUGCAUUGUCUCACUUGAUAGAGGUUAGUUAUUUUCCCCUUUACAUCCACCUCUUUUAGUAACCAUAAAUGAUUGAGUGAACGACAGUGAGUAAAAUGGAAAUGGCGUCAUGGACGUGCAUGCAUAUUUUAUCUGGCGGAGACGCAACGCUCUGUUUCUCAGUCUGUUUCUAUCCCAGCUUACUUUAGUGCCUUCAGCGUUGGUCGUUUUGGUGUCAGACAAAGGUCAUGUUUUCAUCUUGGAGAUGCGAUGCUGUCCCUCAGUUUCCACGACUUAAAUAAUUUUUUCACACUGUGUCAGUGGCUUUUUUAAGAGUCAUCCCAAUCUGUGAGGUGUCAAAAUACUCAGGUACUGUAUUGGAAACAGACGAGCAGGAUCGUGUUAAGUAGAAACAAAUGUUUACCUGGACUGUGUCAGGGCCAUGAUCCAUCAUCACUGUGCCUUCUGAUUUGUGCAGCUGCUGCUCCUCAUAGCCUCAUAAGUUUUAUAUGUUAGACAUCGUGACCAGAGGUUAGACUGACUAUCAAGCUCAGUUUUGCCUGUAAAAGCUUCAGUUUGCUUCUGUACCAGCGAAAUAAUUAAUAACACAGGAGCUAAGCUGUUAAUCUUUCUGUCGCUAUGGCAUCGGUCAAACCCGGUACUGACAUCCAUCUUCAUCACAUCCCACUUUCUUUUAAAAAAGAAACAAAAAAUACACACUGAUGCUCUAUUUCUUAGCGAACAAGACAAAUGAUGUCUUUCAUGAGUCUGACUGUACAGAUGUGUCCACUUUCAGUUUGUGUGGUGAGUGAGAGAGUUAAAAGAGACGUGAAAAGUCUCAACACUAGUCACGCCGCUGUAACAUGAAAGAACAUUUGACUACAGGAGGUGGACGCUAAUGCUGCGUUCACACCAACAACACUGCACCAUUUUUGUGCAACAACGACCACCGGUGUCGAUCGCAAGUCAAAUUCUUUUCCAAAGUUGAACAUUUUCAACUCGUUGGUUGCGUUGGUUCACUUGAAUUCGAAAUGCACAUCUACUCGCGUCUGCGUUGACUUGGUAUGUAAACUGUAAACUAUAAGAAAACUGCAUAAGCGUCCAGACUCGUCCACUUACUCACUCAGGAUGGAAGUUAAUACCAGGUCAACGGGUCCAUGUGACUCUGUGGGCCUUGUAGUAACAGUGACACGAUGUGAUAAUAGAGAGAGAGAGAGAGAGAGACGGUUUGUGUCAGCUGACGGCAGCAGCAGCAGCAGUAGUUGUAGUAAUCACUGGAAAAAUCACAUGUCGCACACAUUCACACGCUUACGUUCAAACAUGCCUUUAACGCGGCGUGUACCCACCCACUUCACACACGCAUGCAUUUUAUUGUUCACACACUUGCACACACAUAUAUACUGUAUGUUUGAUGUAUAUAUAUGUAU